AUGUCUGAAGAAAAGCAAUAUAUUUCUUACAAUAACGUUCAUCAACUAUGUCAAUUCUCUGCUCCUAAGAUCAAAGAAUUUAAGCCUGAUAUUAUUAUUGCUAUUGGUGGUGGUGGUUUCAUCCCAGCAAGAAUUCUAAGAACUUUCUUAAAGGAAAAAAACACACCAACUAUUAGAAUUUUUGCAAUUAUUUUAUCAUUGUACGAAAGAAUUGAAGGUUCUGAUGUUGAAAAACCAGGUGUUGAAGUUCAAAGAACUCAAUGGAUUGAUUACGAACAAUGUAAAUUAGAUUUGGUUGGUAAAAAUGUUUUGAUCAUUGAUGAAGUUGAUGACACUAGAACUACUCUACAUUAUGCUUUAAGUGAAUUGGAAAAAGAUGCUGCUGAACAAGCAAAGGCAAAAGGUGUUGAUCCAGAAACACAACCUGAAUACAAGACCAAUUUCGGUAUCUUUGUUCUACAUAAUAAAUUAAAACCAAAGAAGGCUGAUCUUCCUGAAGAUAUGGUUAAAGAUGAAAAGAGAUAUUUCGCUGCUAGACAUGUCCCAGACUGUUGGUUAGCUUACCCAUGGGAAGCUACUGAUAUCGUAUUCCAUACAAAGAUGGCUAUGGAACAAGGUAAUGACGUUUUUUUGCCUUGA